UGCCCAAAAUAGGUACUUUCUUCUUUCUUAUUUGUCUGUGUUAUUUAUUUACCUUAAUUUACCUUUAAAAGAAAACACAAACUUUGUUUUUAUUAUGAAAAUCUAUGUCAGCUAGAUAUAAACGAUAUAAAUAUAUAAACGAGGGUAUAAGCAAGUAGGUAUAAGUAACAGUUUAUUUAAAAAUUUCUUUGUGAAGCAAUGUAAUUAGGAAUACGACGAAUUUGAUUUAAUUCUAAAAGGCUAUGUCUUUUAAUUCUGAUUCGGAUUUAGAAGUAAGAGUACGUAAGGCUACUGAGAGAAUAUCGGAAAACAUGCAUAUAGUAGCUAAUGAACCCUCUUUAGCAUUUUAUAGACUACAAGAACAUGUGAGGAAAGCAUUACAUCCUAUGGUAGAUAGACGAACGGACGUCAAUAAAUUGCACGUUGAAUUACAAGGAAGAUGUUACGAUAUGGAAUAUGCAGUAGGAGCUCUAAAAUCUACCAGCAGUGCAAAUGAAACUUUUGAUAAUAUACGUGAAGGUUUAAAGAAUGCGAUAUUCCUAAAGCAACAAUUAAAGUAUGAAGAAUCUAGAAGGAAGAAGUCAGACUCAAGUUCAGUAUAUAAAAGGCUUUCAGCUCAUAUUACUUUGGACUUACCUGAAUUACCAGAACUAUCAGAUGUUGUUAGAGAAACAGCUAACAAAGUUGAAAGUAUGAUGAGUAAAGCCACACACUCGUCAAAUUCUUAAUGCAUUGUAACUUAGUUUGUUUAAUAUAUGUAUUAUUACAUA